CAUGUGAGCGCAGUGCGGGCGGGGAGGCGGAGCGACGGGGCGGCGCGCAGUCCAUGCUGGGAAUUGCAGUCCUGACCCCACCUUUGCCUCGCGCCGACCCCGCCCCUGGAACUACGCUCCCGUCGUGCUCCGCGGCUCCAGGCGGAGACGAGGCGGGGCAGGCCGGUUGCUAAGACUUGGCGAGGCGAAGCGCCCGCGCCCGCGUCCCUCAGGCGGCUGCAGGCUUCAGCCCGCGCCGGUCGGCGAGGAAGAGAUGUCAGAAAAGGAGAACAACUUCCCGCCGCUGCCCGGGUUCAUCCCCGUGAAGCCCUGCUUCUACCAGAACUUCUCCGACGAGAUCCCAGUGGAGCACCAGGUCCUGGUGAAGCGGAUCUACCGGCUGUGGAUGUUUUACUGCGCCACCCUUGGCGUCAACCUCAUCGCCUGCCUAGCCUGGCUGAUCGCCGGAGGCCCGGCGUCCAACUUCGGCCUGGCCAUCGUGUGGCUGCUCCUGUUCACGCCCUGCAGCUACGUGUGCUGGUUCCGGCCCGUCUACAAAGCCUUCCGAGCCGACAGCUCCUUUAACUUCAUGGCGUUCUUCUUCGUCUUCGGAGCCCAGUUUGUCCUGACCGUCAUCCAAGCGAUCGGCUUCUCGGGCUGGGGCGCGUGUGGCUGGCUGUCAGCGAUUGGGUUCUUCGAGACCAGUGUGGGCGCUUCUGUGGUCAUGCUGCUUCCAGCCAUCAUGUUCUCCGUGUCGGCGGCCAUGAUGGCCAUCGCCAUCAUGAAGGUGCACAGGAUCUACCGAGGAGCUGGUGGAAGCUUCCAGAAGGCACAGACGGAGUGGAGCACAGGCACGUGGCGGAACCCACCAUCAAGGGAGGCCCAGUACAAUAACUUCUCAGGCAGCAGCCUGCCCGAGUACCCCACUGUGCCCAGCUACCCGGGCGGCGGCCAGUGGCCUUAGGGUGAGUUGCCACUGCCACCACCUCCUCCCCUUCACUCCUGCCACUGCCCUCGCUCCCAAAGGCUGGGAGUGCUUGGGGCCUGUCCUCCUCUCCGGGAGGGUGGAAGCCAAUGGUGGCCAUGGACCACGCCCCUCCUGCCGGGACCACAGAACCCAUGUUCGUCUCAUCCGAGAGCGGAGUUUCUCACAAGCACUGCCCAGCGGCCUCCGGCCUCUGCCGUCCACAGGACACCCUCUUGCUCCCGGCAUCGUGUGGUCACCUUGCGGUCUGCUGCAUGACCACCACGGCCUUGUCUUCAGGUCUCCAGGCCUGAGCAGCCAGACUCCAGGGGACAGAUGGCAGCGGGCUGGCUGCCCUCCCACUCUCCCGGAGCUGCUGGUGCCGAGGCUGGAGGAGGUCUUACGGGGGACUGUGUUGCACGAGCCACCCACCCGUCACCAGAGCGGACGCCCUUGGCCCAAACCAAGAAGAGGCCUCGCGGGCAGCUCCCGGUCCCCACAGCGAAGGAGGGCCGUGCCAGCAUCCCCCGAUCCCUGCGCUCCAGUCUCACCCCUCCCCACACUCCCCGUACCUGGGCAGCUUCUGGUCCAGGGUAGCCUCGGGCCACCCUGCCUGCCCCUGAACCAGGGACCUCGGGCAAGCCCUUUGUCCGCACCCCCAAGCCAAGCCGGGAGCACGGCCACUCCCCAAAGCCAGCAAACUGCAGAGGGCCGCCUUCCCAGCAGCCCCAACCCUGCAGGAGCGGCCUUUUUUUUUUUUCUCUUGUGAGAGGGAGUCUCACUCUUGUCCUGG